CUUUGUAGGGGAAGUGGCUGGAUUACAACCUAAUCCCAUUAUGAUGCUGUGGCCAUGUGAGGCCAGGUUGAAGGAUCGCAAACUGAAGACUCAAGUUUGGGAACUCAAUGAGCAGCAAACUUAGUGACUAAAACUGAGUUUGUUUCACUUUCAUCCUAGGAUACCCUGGCAUGUCUGAUCCAGCCAGUGCCAUUCAGCAGCAACACGACAACUGCCACUAUGUUAAGGACUGAGGGAGCAGUCAGAGUCUGAUCCAGCCAGAAGAAAAUACUUUCCCAAUUGGAAAAGCAGGAGCAGGUUAAACAGAAAUACCAGUGGUGGACAAAAUCUGUACUGGCUGCAGGCUAUAUCUUUUCCUUCUACCUCCUCAUCCUCUGCAUCUGCAACUUCACCAACUGCAGCAAAGGAGCAGAAUCAAAUCUUCAACAGAUUCAGUGUCUGGCUCUUCCCCAACCUGCAGACGUCCCAGAUCUCUGUCUUUGCUGUUGCUGACAUGGCAUCACUAGCUCUGGAGCUGAUGGGCUUCUUCUUGGGCCUCCUAGGCAUGCUGGGAACCCUGGUUGCCACAGUGCUGCCUUAUUGGAGGACUACUGCGCACAUUGGCUCUAAUAUCGUCACUGUUGUGGCAAACCUGAGGGGUUUGUGGAUGGAGUGCGUCUAUCAGAGCACGGGGGCCUUCCAAUGUGAGACCUACAACUCCAUGCUGGCACUGCCUGCUGACCUGCAGGCUUCUCGUGCUCUCAUGGUCAUCUCUGUAGUAUUGUCCAUCCUUGCAAUUGCCAUAGCAUCCAUAGGGAUGCAGUGCACUCUUUGCUUGGAGAAUGCAGGGACAGUUAAGAGUCGUGUGGCAGGUGCUGGCGGGGUUUUGUUUCUCACUGCAGGUUUCCUGGCUCUUGUACCUGUAGCAUGGACCACACACGAGGUGGUCCAAACCUUCUACAGCCCAAACAUACCUGCUGGCAUGAAGUACGAGCUUGGAGAGUGCCUUUACCUCGGCUUGGCCUCUGCACUCAUCUCCAUGCUGGGUGGCGGGUUGCUGAGUGCCUCUUUCUUUGAGGAACACGAGGGGGGGCGUGGGAGGUGGCAAGGAGGAGGAUAUCCUUAUCCGGUAGGAGUCAACAUGUCUGGCACAGGAGCUCGAACAACUUCACAGACCUACCGCAACCCCACCCUGCAGGUGGGGGGCAUCAACACACCCAGCAGGGGACAGACACUCGUCCGAAAUACAAGUAGCUCAGAGUCAGGCGCUCAUGAAACCCCAGGAGCUAAGAAGCCCACUGCAGCAGGAUAUGACAUCACAGGAUAUGUCUGAUAUGAUUCCAGCACUCCAUGAAUGAAACACUAACACGACUUAUGAUUCUGUAAAAGAACUGAAUAUUGAAUAUGGAAGGAGGCAGCAUUUUAGUGGGCGUUGCAGCGUUUUUUACUCUUCAUACAGUUUCUUUACUGUACCCAUAAAGUUUUUAUUUCUAAUAAUCUGUUUCAGAUCUAAGCUCUUUAAAAUCGAGAAGAAAAUAUGUUUUUUUUUUUAUGGGAAGAGCCUUCUCCUAUUUGCAAAUCAGUUGGGUUUAUAUCCAAUGACCCUAACAGUUCCAAUCUGCUCUGUUGCAUCUGGCCAAAGCAGAGCAGGCAGUUAAUUCCCAUAGACCCCAGAAUUUAUAUUUCUGUCCUCCUAAAAAUGAUGGAUGCUCAGACUUUAAGAGGUUUAAAGGAUAUGUUAACACCACGAACCAGUCCAAGCCUUCUCCGGUAUGGUUUCCAAAAGGGCUUUGUUACCGUAAAUACCAACAAGCUGAUGGAAAGUACCCUCUGACUUCCAAAAGGUGGCCGCUUACAACUGUUACAACCUGUAAGAUCCAAGGACAGUACCAAAAGGACAAAUUACCUCAUAAUACAGCCUGGUUCAGAUAGAAUAUGGUAGGUUUCAGGAAAGUACCAGGUUUUAAGUAAUCUCCCAAUUGAAUCUGGUUUUGACGGAAAAUUGUAGCUCCCAGGAAAGAAACCUUUUAAUCCCAGGAAAAUAUCUGGUUCACAUCUUAUUUUUCCAAACAGUGCUGUUCCAAAACUGUUUUUAUCCCAAAGGUACGCAAUGCUCAGUACCAUAUAGGCUCAAGAAGCCCGGUUUAAAAAGUACCUUAUAAGUUUAUUGAACGUACCUUGUAAGUCCCAGUCAAGUACGGAUUACAUUACAUUUUCCCAACAAAGCUGUUUUAAAACAGUUUUGGAUUUCUUAAGACUUGUUUAUUUAGAAUGGUGUUUGGUAACGUUUUAUCUUGCCUUGCUUUUCAUGGAACUGUAAUUAUUAACACAGUCUUAAAAAGAAAUGUAAACAAAUAUAAAAUAUGUUACAUUAAUAUAUAAUUUCCUCUCAAGAACAAAGUUUAAGCGAAGAGUUCAAAUCACUUUGCUUAAGUCCAGUUUGUGGAUGCUGAGACCGAACCACAAAAUGAAAGCAGAAGAGUAUUUCAUGUUUGUUGUAAUUGUGAUUUUUAAGAGUUUUCAGUACGACAGCUAAUUUAAAUUCCUUAAAAUCCUUUCUUCAGGCCUUUAUCACACUGAGUUCUGUAAACUGAUUCAUUUAUUAUGAAAUCAGAGACAUUGCCAAAAUAUUAGCAGGCCUUGAUAGUGUAAAAAUACUUGUUUUUAAGCUUCUGUAUAAAGUCUUGGGAAUAUGCGUAUUCUAAAUGACGUUUUCCACUUUUUUCUUUUCACUUUGUAUGAGAAAUUUAAGCACACAACAAAAAUCUUUUUUUUAUUCACAAAUAAAGGUAUACCACCUUCAA